CAAUUGACAAAACAAGAGAAAGUUAUAGAGUAUUAUAUGAUGUCUCAGGAAAAUUCAUAUUAAAAUCAAUCAAACCAGAUGAAGCCAAAUUCAAGUUAGUCAAAGUAACAUAAAAGAAAGUUGGACCAAACAAUGUUCCUUAUAUUGUUACUAAUGAUGCUAGAACUAUUAGAUAUCCAAAUCCUGAAAUUCAUGUUAAUGACACAUUAAAAAUUGAUUUGGAAACUGGAAAAGUUGUUGAUUUCUUAAAAGAAGAACCAGGUAAUAUAUAAAUAUAAUAUUUAUUAAGGAAAUUUAUGUUAUAUUAUUGGAGGUAAUAACAUUGGAAGAGUUGGUCUCAUUUAACAUAGAGAAAGACAUCUUGGAUCAUUUGAUAUUGUCCAUGUUAAAGUAUAAAUUAAUAAAGAUUAAUUAGGAUUCAAAUGGUAAACACUUCUCUACAAGAAUUAAUAAUAUCUUUACAAUUGGAAAAGGAAAGAAAUCCUUAAUUUCACUUCCAGAUGAUAAUGGUUUAUAUUUGACAGCUCUUGAAAAGAAAUAAGCUAGAGAACACCAAGAAGAAACCAAAUAAUAAUGAUCAUUCUAAAGUAUAGUACACAUUUACAUAAAAU